AUGGCUACGAGGGAUGCGUGGCUGCAGGGUUUGAGCGCCGUUGGUUUUUUUCUGACGGGCGGUGUUGAGGAAUUACAGGCGCUUGCAGAUGCCAUCGCCGGUGUGAGGGCAGGUGUUUCAGCCACCCGAAGCGUGGCUGUUGGGAAGACGUGUUUUACUCUUGCGGUGGAGGCAUCAACAAUGCAAUCGGCUGGACCUGCACCAUCAUCAACAGCAGGUGAAGGAGGCCCACUACCAGAUCAAGAACACUUACAUAGCGUCACCAAAACAAAGAACGAAAACACACCGUCAAGAUCAAAAACGGACUCAGAAGCAACGGAACCACCUCCAAUGGAUUCUAAAAAAGGCCAGCACAGUCAUGACACAGACACGGAGGAUUCGACAAAGAAUGCAGCAACCAGCAGACCAGCAGAAACAACAACAAUCUCAUCUACCUCUGCAAGUGGCAGCGGUGAUCAUGUCCAGAAUAAGGCAGAUGAGGAUGAUGCUCAAAGCUCCGAAGAACAACACGACGGCCUUGGAAUUGGCAAAACCAACGCUGUUUCAACUCUCAGUGAGACAGCACCACAAACAGAAAAAACAACCACCGCCGCUCAAACAAAUCAUACGGUGACACCCGUCGACAGUGACGGCAGCACCGCGGCCUCCCACACCACCUCCCCUCCUUUGCUUCUUGUUGUUCCUGUUGUUGCGUGUGCAGCUGCUGCCGCGGUGGUGGCCGCGUGA